GCAGAUAAUUAAUUAACCACACAAAAACAACAGAUCGACCCCAGCAUUGUUCAGUAUCCCUUUAUCUCUCGUUGGUAUUCUGUUUGGACUCAACUCGACACAAUUUCAUCAGUAACUGGCAGUUGCAUGAGCAAUAUAUAAAUACAACGAUGUUUUCUGUGGGUUUUUUUUUUCUUUUCCAGAUUUUGUGCCUGAACUUUUGUAUAUCUGUAAUAUCACAAUUAUAUAACUAAAAUCCUCGAGUAUUAUCACACUAUACGCAAAAUGAUACUGAAAUUUAUACUGAGAAUCAUCGACAAUUUCAACUCAAAACUACAUUUAGCUGAUUUUCUAUAUGUCAUAAUAGAUAAAGUAUUCAACGAUGUUAAUUUGCUUUGCAUGGUUUCUUCGAUAUCAAUUACCUAUUUUCUACUAAAAUCGUACUUGAAAAACAAUUUGGCAUUAUUGAUUGUUCAUACAUCCACCUCUCUAAUAUCUGGGUUUUAUUUCAUCUCAAAAAUAAUCGUUUUUUUCAUUGCAAAUUUCAGAUUCAUCCUACUCUCAAACUUUUUCAACAUAAUCUACAUUAAUUUGUUAGUCUAUAUUAAUUUAAGUUUGUUCAAGUAUACUAAAAACUACUUGAUCAAAAGAAGAAAUAACUCAAAAAUAUACAACAGCUGCCAGACCUACAAGCUAUUGUUUGAUUCAAUCCACAAAUACAAUAUAAAAAGCAGCUUUCACGGCAGUGACAACACUGGUACAAAUAGCAAUAAUAAUAAUCGUGAUGACAAUUAUAAUGGUAAUAAUAUCUCGAACAGCGGUGAGAACACUAAUAAGAUUGACGAACUCGGUAAUGCCAUUACCAAGAAUCCGUUCUAUUAUAUCAACUCAAACAUCUGCUCGAUCUGCUACGAAACGUUUGCCAGAAAUGACAAAAUCAUAAAAUUGUCAUGCAAUCAUAUCUACCAUUCCAAUUGCAUCCUAUCGUGGGUUGAGACAAUCUUCAACAGCAGCCAAUCCAGCUCCUCCUCUAAUGGCCACUAUUUCUCGGGCGCCUCCUCCUCCACCUCCCACUAUACCUGUCCCUACUGUCUCCACGAUUUCACUGUCAACGCCUACGCUUCUCCAGACUCCCCUGCUCUGAAGCUCAGCGACCUGAGUGAGUCUGAUGUUUAUCUCUAGCUCUUUUUCUCAUUGACCACCACUGCUACAUUUCUGAGUUCUGCUUCUAAAUUACAUUUCAAGUCCACUCCGACGGCUCUGCUCCAAUACCGUUACCCGCUCGCAUCGGUUUUUCUGUAGAU